AGUUGCAGAUUUUGCCGGUUUUCCCCAAUUUGCACACGUCAAAUUUUGUAUGAAAUCAAUAGUUCUAAAUGUAUUGACCUGAAGAAAAGAUGUAUAAGACAAAACAACAAGUCGAUAAACACGUGUCCAAUAUAUUAGGCCGGAUAAAAGAUGAAAAUGGGCGACUUCAACGUGGCUUUAGUGUCGCCAAAAUGUACUUUGAAAUCAAGGAAUACGAACUGGCGAAAAGAUAUCUGUACGGUUUCCUCACAGUCAAAGACACACUACCCGAGGCUCAUAAGUUGAUGGGACAAGUACAAGAAGCUACAGGUGCCACAGGACCAGCGCUCAUUGCGUAUCGGAGAUCACUAGAACUGGAUGGAAAGCAGAAAGAUGUGGUAAUAAAAGUGUGUGAGCUGUACUCAAAGACAGAUGUUGACCCAGACAGAGCCAGGUACUGGGCUGAACAGGCCGAGAAGGUGUCACCAAAUCAUGAAGUUGUGUUCAAAUUACGGGAGCGGGUAAUCAGCAGUGGGACGGACAUGAUAGGCAAUACGAAAGAUCUGGAGGAUCUCAUCUCGUCUGAACUGUUGAAGCGGCCCCAUGACGUGAACUUGCGUAUCAAAUUGCUCAAGUUGUUCAUAGACCAGGAACAUGUUGAUGAAGCGUAUGAACAUGCCAUGGCCGUUGAGAAGACAUCAGCAUAUUCGACAAGCUUGGAGUGGUACCAGUUCCUCAUACAAGUACUAGAGGUAUAUCAAGAGGAAAUUGGGCGUAACAUCAACAGCACCUUUCACCGUAACAUGCUCCAUGCCCUCAACAAUGUGGUGACCUUGACAAUGAAGCUGAAGGGCGUCGGGGACAGCACCGAGGCCCUCCACAAGUUUGACCAGCACCUCCAGCUCGCCAUGACCAUAACAUCAAACUCCAAGGAAUGGGAACCGUUCCUCAAUGAAAUGAGAGCUCAGCUUUUCUACCAUUUUGGGACCCUGUUGCUAAAGAAGCCACAGAAGGACCACUUUGACUGGGGAACUGCCACAGGCCAAGCAGCUGCCUGUUUUGUAGUGAGCUACGGUCUUGAGGCUCCAGACCCAAGGUCUGCCUGGUUCGUGAGUGCCUCUGGUGAUGAUCAGAAACUCUACAGACAGUGGUGUAAUACUGGUGCCUUCAGGCUAAGUCAAGUGGGUCACAUGUUAUUGACCCUCUGCCGAGGAGACAACCUGAUGAAAUGGAUGAACGCUGUCAAACAGGAGAUGUGUACCCAACAAGGUCGUGAGGGGAUAUAUGACGCCUUGUUUGCUCUUCGGCACAUGAAGCUUGCUAAGAGGACAUCUUUCCUUAUGCUCUCACCGUUGUUCACCGAGGUGAAUGUACGCUUCCCGAGCAUACGGUUACUUCAACAGUAUGAUAAAGUUGCCCACCGUAUUCACCCAGAGUGUCUGUCAACUCUAGUCUGGAUAGCUCUACAGUAUUACUCAGGAAAAGAAGUCACCCAGCCGAACUACCACUUCACCAUCUUUGAAUCCCUCCAGUACGACUGCCCUACCCUCGAGACAAGCUCUGCGGAGUCCCUCUGUGUCUUGGAUACUGAAGCUUUCCUUUAUGCGACCAUCUGGACCGCAGCAAUGAAGCAGCUUGAGCGACUCGAGAGGGUUCCGUUGGUUGAUCACCAGCCCCACAUGUUACCACUGGCGCUGUGUGAGCCCCUCUGCUCCAAGGCACAAGCCGAGUGGUGGCGGACAGCUUACAGAUUGUACUCCAACACAGCAAAAGAGAACCUUGUCAAAAUGCGUCUGUCGCUCCAGCGAGGCCUGGAAGUGAUACGCAUGCUCGGUAACCAUGGACUCGAUGUCUCACUUGUCGUCCAUUUGGCACGCACAUUCGAAGAAAUGGCGACAGAACUCAAAAUCCAAGCGAUCACAAAUGAUUGCGCUGCAUUGGAAAUGGAAAGGCUUCAUUCUCGGGCGCGUUUAUUCUGGUGUAAAGGAGUUGAGAUGCUUGAAAGACUCAACAAAAAUCUGAGGCUGCGUCAUCCUAAGGAGCGGCUGUUCCCUGGCACUGAAACAACAGUCGAUCCAAAUCUCAUCAAAGAUUACGUCCGAAAUGGCAAAUUCUUCCUGGCGUGUGAUGCGAUGACUUCUGGACGGCAUGAGGAGGCGAUUGGAGUGUUUGAGGAGUUGAAUAUGCCGUAUGCUUCCUAUCAUCAAGCUCAUGUGUACAUCCAGCUCGCCGAUAUUCAGUUUGAUGGCAGGUCAGGUGGCGAGUUGACUUCUGAUGUACGCACCAAGUGUUCUGCCCUACUCACCAAGGCUAAGGAGUCAUUCUACCUGACCAUGGACAGAAUCAGGGGAGAUAAACACCAUAAAUUCCACCAGUUGUUGCCUAAUGAGAUAGAUGAGGUUGAGAAUAGGAUUCUUGUGCUGGAAGAAUACGAUGAACCAGACCUGAGUACCUCUCAAUUGAACAACAGCAUGAUGAACGGCACAGAUUCCCGGCUUCAGAAUGGUGCCAGUUUUAUCCACAGCACGCCAAGACCUCCACUCCGUCUCAUCAAAAUGGAAAACUCGACUUUUGGAAGUCCUGAAUCUCGCCAUAUUCAACCAAGUCCUGAACGGUUGGACGCUCAGAUCCGUUCCAUGCAGUCAACGCAGGAAAAAGUCAUGAAGGAUGUCAUGGAGUGUAACAAGAGUCUUCUUGAGACAAACAGGGUACUCGCAUCCGAACUCAAGGAAAAUAGAGUUACCAUGCAACAGAUGAAGGCAAAAUUGGAUGAACUUGCACGUAAUAGUAACCGUGGUCCAGUGCCUCCGCCUGCACCCAUGCCUCCACCCACUGUCCCACUCACUUACUACACACCUGACAUCUUGGCAUAUGCUCCGGGUGGUGGCUUUAUGCCUCAUGGGUUCCCCCCGUUUGAUCCGACCGGACGCCUGCCUCCAAAUUUCACUGCUCCACCACCACAGGGUCAGCAUAUUCCUACCGUGCCACUUCAAACUCAUGGUCAUGGUCAUGUGAUUGAUGAGGAGGAGGACUACGGAGAUGAUUGUUAUGAUGGAGAAGAUGAUUAUGCUAGUGAGAAUCAAUCGAGUCAGUUUCCAGUCACAAGCUUGGAGGGAAAAUCAACUGUGACGUACACGCCACAGGGACCGAUGCCUGGUCCAGGAUUCUUCUCACAUGGUCCUGUUGGAGCUUCACCUGGGUUUAGCGGGUCAGCAGGUCUAUCUGGUCCGCCGCCGAUCCAACACUUCCCAUCACCUGUGGCAGUGUCUGGUCCCUCCAUUACCAUGGGAACGUCUAAUGCUGGCCAAUUCAUGACCAGGCCACCCGUAUCUGGACCUCCCCCUAAUGCUGUCCUUGGAACACCCCUCGGCCCACGGCCUGGUUUCCCUGUGUCCUCACAAAGCCAGGUAGGAUCAAACUUUGAGUACCCAGUGCCUUUGCUUGCUGCAGGACCAGCACCGACGAGCCAAGGGGCCAAUUCUAAUCUUGUAUCCAUGAUUGCUGCGAAAACUGGACCCCCGAUGUUUGCCAAACCAAGUGGAGAUGCGGGUGUACCAGUGGUACAGGAGAAGAAUCUGAGCUACCCGACAGAAGGUGAUAAAGAUCCAAGUUACUCUGAGCCACACUACGAACCUAUCAUGGCGUUACCUGAGGAGGUGGUGAAGACAACAGGUGAAGAGGAUGAGACGAUACUCUACCAGAAUGACCGUGCACGCAUGUACCGCUUCUCAGAAGGACAGUGGAAGGAGCGUGGCACAGGUCCUGUUAAAAUCCUCAAGCACAAAACGAACGGGAAAGUCCGGUUGUUGAUGAGAAGAGAACAAGUGCUAAAGAUUUGUGCUAAUCAUUUCUUCCACGGAGGCAUGACCAUAUCCUCAAUGAAAGCAGCCAAGAAUGCUUACAUGUGGUUCGCACAGGACUUCGCCGAGGAGCAGGUCAAAAAUGAACAGUUCGCUUUGAAGUUUAAAACGGAAGAAAUGGCGACCGAUUUCAAGGAGAAGUUCUUGGAGGCAGUUCAACUUGCUGAGGGCAAUCCAAAGGAGCCGGGGACACAAGUUACAAAACUACCAGUUGUCUCAACUGCGGCUAAAACUGCAGAGAAAUCCCCGGCAGCUGUAACAUCAACUGCGACAUCGAGUUUCAAAUUCGGUUCUGCCGCAUUCGGAGUGGCGAAGGAUGACCUAGGAGCUAAUACAGAAAAGACAUCUAUGAGUCAAUCAGGAUUCAAGUUUGGUGAAAAUGGUGGUGGAUUUAAAUUUGGUUCAAGCACCCCGGUUGCGAUGUUUGGCCAGAAAGAGGCGUCCCCUGCCCCGAAGGCUGUUGGUUCUGCCUCCCCUGCUUCCAGUCUUCUGAGUGAAAUGGCGACAAAACAUCAAGAAGAAGCUAAGCAACCUCAGGUCUCGACGACUGACGGCAAAAUCCACCUUGGCGGCUUUUCAUUCACCGCGCCACCAAAGCUCAAGCCGGCUGAUGAAGAACCUCCUAUCGCCCAUGCUCAUGCGGGGAAACCCAAAGCCGAAACAACACCUGCUAUAACGGAUGCACCAAAGCCAUUCGCUGGAUUCAGCUUUGGUUCCAAGUCGUCUCCGUUCACCAGUUUAGUAUUGGGAUCUGGUGAGAAAGAAAAGGAGAAGGCCUCUGCCUCACCGAUACUUGGUGGAAAAAAAGAACUGUUGUCAUUUGCAGAUCUCUCCAAGCAGGCCACAUCUACCCCAGUGGCGACAGCUUUACCAAGUAAUAAGCCAGCAUCUGCAGAUCUUUCAAAGAAGGCCACAUCUACCCCAUCCUUUGUGAAGCCAGCUGAAAAUGCAGCGAGUCCAGAGAAACCUCAUGACAAGUCUACUGAGGAGAGUCACCCCGAGGGAUACGUACCAACAGUGGACUACCAGCCGAUCAUCCAGCUACCACAGCUGGUUGAAGUCCAAACUGGUGAGGAAGAGGAGAAGAAACUGUUCGGGGAGCGUGCCAAACUCUAUCGUUACGACCCUGAUACAAGACAGUGGAAGGAACGCGGCAUUGGGGAGAUGAAGAUAAUGAAAAACAGUUCAACUGGACGGAGUCGUAUUCUGAUGCGGAGAGAACAGGUGUUGAAACUUUGUGCGAAUCAUAUCAUCACAACCGAUAUGAGUCUCGUCGAGAUGAAAGGUUCAAAGAACGCCUGGUGCUGGACAGCUAAUGACUUCAGUGAGGAAGACCAUAAAGUUGAAAAGUUGGCCGUGAAGUUCAAGACGGAAACUGUGGCUGCUCAGUUCAAAGAGAUUUUUGAAGAAUGUCAGGAUGAAGCCCUUGGUGCGGGUGAUGAAGAUGAAGAGGUUCCUGAAGAUCUGAGUAUGAAAGCCACGGCUAAACCUCCUUCUGACCUCUAUGCUUUGCUGCGACCCGCCGAGGGAAGUUGGAGCUGUGAUUCCUGCAUGUUACCCAACGGACCUGAUACGACCCAGUGUGUGGCAUGCUUGACGCCAAAACCUGGCACACAGGUAGCAGAAGCAAAGCCUGUCUUCCUAAUUGGUGGUGCCACUGGGUUUACAUUCGGUAGUAGUCCCGGUGGCAAACCAUCAUCUGGGUUUGCAUUUGGUUCGAGGCCUGAGUCAAGUUCUGUAAAACCAGCAGAGGAUAAUGCCACUGCAGUCAAACCAUUCACGAGUGAAGAGUUGGCUGCCAAGUUUAAGAUUGCCCCUGGGAGCUGGACGUGUGAUGCUUGCUAUCUUUCAAAUGGUCCACACAAGACCAAGUGUCUCGCAUGUGAGACCCCAAAACCUGGAUGUGAGCAGUCAAACUCUGGAGCACAGGGAACAAAUGCUUCACCACAGAUUGGCUUAUUCAAUCCUAAUACCGGGGGUGGAUUCACAGUAAGUGGAGGAAAAGGAGGAUUCGUGUUUGCUUCAAAGUCUACUCCAGCCACGGAGCCCGCAGCGACUCAGGCAAGUGGAUUCGGGUUUGGAUCGAAACCUGUCUCUGCAAUGGAACCUGUGACGUCCACUCAGUCGAUAGGUUUUACAUUCGGUUCAAAAACUGCCCCAGAACAGUCAACCCAAGCUACUGGUUUCAAAUUCGGUUCAAAACCGGCAGUGGAAGUGACAUCAACGGAGCCUGGUGCAGCUGGUGCAGUUAGUGAGGAUCCUUUGGACAAGUUGAGGAUGAAGGAUGGCGAGUGGGAGUGUGAUAUGUGCAUGAUCAAAAACAAAGCUGGUUCAACCAAGUGUGCUGCGUGUACCAGCCCAAAACCUGGCACAGCUGUAGCCCCUGAUUCGUCAACCCCUGCCUGGCUUGGUGCAUCUGGUGCCACUGGCUUCUCAAUGCCCUCACAGUCAAGUUCCCCUGGAGGAUUUGCAUUCGGAUCCAACCCUGAAGUAGAGGAGAAAAAGACGGAGCCUUCAGCUGGAGGAUUCAAGUUUGGUCAAACAAGCACGCCAAAAUCUGCUUCUUCUCUGACCUCCGGGUUUAACUUUGGAUCUGCCGCCUCGAGUUUCAAAUUUGGUAGCACCCCAGAAUCUUCAUCAACACCACCUACCCCUCCUGAACCAAAAACUCCCGAGUUCAAAUUCGGCUCAUCAAAAACAUUUGCUUUUACUGGUGUGACGCCGUCUGCGGGGAGUACCAGUAUGUCAAAUAUAAGGUCGCCAAAAUCUCCAGACGAUCAUUAUCAUAGUGAGGAGGAUGACUCGCAUAUACACUUUGAGCCGAUUAUUCCCCUCCCAGAAAAGAUCGAGGUGAAAACAGGUGAGGAGGAUGAAACGACACUGUUUACCCACCGAGCGAAACUGUAUCGCUGGCAGAAGGAAUGGAAGGAGCGGGGUGUUGGUAAUAUCUCCAUCCUCCAACACAAAGAAAAUGGCAGGAUACGUGUCAUCAUGCGGAGAGAGCAGGUUUUGAAAUUGUGUUGUAAUCAUAAUAUCACGGGUGAGAUCAAACUCACACCGAUGGAGAAGGCAAAUGGUAAGGCCUAUCUGUGGUAUGCAAUGGACUGCGCCGAAGGUGAACCGAAGGCUGAAAAGUUGUGCGUCCGAUUCAAAACGGCGGAAAUUGCCGGUGAUUUUGCAAAAGUAUUCAAUGACUCGGUAGAGAAAAUGAAAGGUUUUAAAUCACCGCAGAAAUCUGGUGCUCAUGAAACUGAUGCUUCUAAAGCAGAUACGUCGGUAGCUAACUCAAGCACAGCUAGUGACUUUUCAUUCAAAAUCGACAACGAUUCAAUUAAGGAUUCUAAAAUGCCUGCAGGGUUCAGCUUUAAGUCACCUGAGCAGACGUCAAAAUCUAACUUCUCAUUCGGGGAUCGAUUCAACUCAUCUGCCACUGGAGCGAGUCCACUGAACAAGUCGAAGGAAGUGACUGAAGCAGCCGGUGAUGCUGGCUCCGACAGCGAUGUAGAAAUAAUAUAUGAAGAGCUGCCAACGCCGGAACAGAUCGCGAUGGCCGAGAAAUAUCAACUGCCGCGAUGUUUCUAUUUGUACGAGAAGAAACCCGAUUGCCCGGGCUGUCGCGGAUGUGUGGAGAACUGGGAUCAGCUGCAGUACGAUGAUCAUGUAGAUGACGUGCAGGUGAUCUCUGAACUCAAGGCAUCCAAACACGACCAGGAACGUGCCAAGAAAUACCAACUUCCUGACAAUUUCUAUCUUUAUGAACAAAAGCCUCCGUGCAGUGGAUGUCCUGGCUGUGAGAGUUGCAGCCCUAUGAAAGAUUCAGCGGGCAGUGCAGCUACGAAGAGUGCAGACACGUCAUCCCAAGAGCCUGACUCGACCAUAGACACAGCAGACUCCAAGGCAGGCAUCUUGACAAGUAGUGAGAAACCAGUGCUGAGUUCCUCUGGGAUCGGCAUGUCGGGUCUUGGCAUGUCCUUCGCUGACGUGGCAGGCUCUCUACCAGCAUCAGGGUUUGCCUUUGGGAAUCAGGACAAAAGUAAGUCCUUCAGUUGGACUGGUGCGGGUAAGACGCUCUUCUCAAAGGUGAGUAAAUCAGCCGAUGACACCGGUGAUGAUGGUGAAGUUGUCCAGGGAGAUGAUGUCCACUAUGAUGCGAUCAUGCCACUGCCUGAGUUGGUUGAGGUGAAGACUGGGACUGAGGAUGAGGAACCAGUGUACUCACAGCGUGCCAAGGUCUUCCGCUAUGACCCGGGCACAAAGCAGUGGAAGGAGAGGGGUGUCGGCGAGAUGAAGAUCCUCAAACAUAAAACACAAGUCCAAUACCGAUUACUGAUGCGGCGUGAGCAGGUGUUGAAGUUAGCCUGCAACCACCUGAUGACCACCACCAUGGAACUGACCAGGAUGACCACGUCCGAGACGGCCUGGUGUUGGUUUGCUAUAGAUUACUCAACAAAUGAGGCAUCACAUGACCAGCUGGCGGUCAGGUUUAAGACGAUUAUGUUGGCGAAGCAGUUCCAGCAAGCUUUCCUCGAGUGCCAGCAGCACCUGCGAGAUGCUGAGAAGUCAAAGGCAGAAGAAGAGGCUGCUGUAUCUGCCGGAGCUGAUUCCAGUGAAAUUGAGGACGACGCUGGCGACCGGCAAUCUUUACUUGCCGAGUUACUAACCGAUGGUGCUAAGCGCCUGGCACUCGACGAUGCUCAAGUGCCGACGUGCGUACAGGAGGUUGCAGAGGCUGAUGAUCAAGAUGGCGGAGACAGAUACGAGGAUUACGAAGAUGAAGAUGAGGUCGAGGAAGAAGACGUCAUGUUUGAAAAGAAAGCGACGCUGUUUUCUAAAGAACUCAACGAAUGGAAGAAACUUUGUAUCGGCGAUCUGCUGGUUGUUUACGAUGAAGAGGUUUAUGGCGCCAGGAUACAAAUGGAUAACCCUGAUGGUGAAACAAUCUGCAGCCAUCAUAUUGCCAUAGAAACACAGCUGACGCCCAAUGAGAAGAAGAAGACCUGUGAGUGGGCGGCCACAGACUUCAGUGCGGGCGAACCGAUCAGACGUCAAUUCAAAGCACAGUUCAGUAAUGUACCAGCUGUCAAAGAGUUCCAACAGAUUUUUAAACAGGGCGUUGAGUUUGCUCAAGCUGCAAAUAUAUCUGAACUUGACGUUCUGACCAUUCCAACAGAACUCGAUGUCCCAGAGGUCGUAGGUCAAGGUCGGGAUGUAGAGGAUGAUGCUCCGCAACCGCAGGCGGGUGGACGAGCUCCGUUGGCAGCUCGGAUGUUCAUGCCCGUCCUAAAAAUCAUGCUAUUUGUCUCGGUUGUGAUGAACUCGGCCCAGUCCACGUCUGGUUACGGCUUUGAUUCUCCUACUAACUUGCCUGCGCUUCUACCAACUCACUUCCUCACCUCCGACACUGCCGGCUAUUUAGACAUGCUCGCGAGAGAUCCACAAAAAUUGUUGGAAGUGGUGGGGAUUUUCCAUCCCGAGAUGUUGAGCAAGAAGUGUGUGGGGAAGGUCUUGGCUAAACCUGGGGGUGAAUCUCACUUAUGUGAAUCGCAUGAACAUCAAGGUGGUGUAUCGGCAGGUUUGAGUGGUCUGCUUUCUCAUCAUGUGAUUGAGAGUCAAGCUUUCAGCAUGCCAACAGGGUCAUCUGAUAGUGAUGUUGAUAAUACACCCCCAUCCCCAUUUCGACGCAUAUUAGACAAAGAAUUCUGGGAGAUUGAAUGCAAGUGUGCGCUUCAUCGUGUCAACUUCAAGUUACGUGCCAUUCAAACUGGCCAAUCGGCAACCUCGAUUCAAACUGACCAAUCAGCAACCUCGAUUCAAACUGACCAAUCGUCGACCUCUAUACACACUGACCAAUCGGCAUCUUGUACACAAGUUUCAGGUGGUGCACCGAAUGUAGCAUUAGGCGAGAUAAAGUCUUGCUCACCAGAACUGUCAGCGGCUGUUCAAGAUCUUAUAACAACAAUACAACAAGGGUCAUCUGGUGUUCAGCAGACACAGAAUACAGACGUGACCAGCUCAACAGACCAAGACCAGAGGUACAUGUAUGAGGCCCAGGAUUAGAUACGAAACUCAACUGAUGACAGCUUUUUUAACAACUAUUUUUAUCGGAGAUGCUCAUCAACCUGUUCAAAGUGGUUUUAUGGAAGCCAUCAUUUCAAUCGUUCCCUUUUGCAUUGACUUUACAAUUAACAUUCAUUGGUAUUGGUACGUGGACAUGGCGUGGUCUUCAUUGGGCUGUGACAGGCUUGCCAACCAGCCUUCGCUAAAGUACAAAUUGAAGGAUGAGCCAAAAUGUAGUGAUUGUUCAGUAGAAGUGCAGUGUUUUUUACCCAUGUGAUAUUGUAUUGUUCUUGUGAGGGCAACGGAACUCGGACAUGUAUUUGAAUGAGGUUAAGAAGUUGCGAGAUACAGCAGUAUUACAUGUACUGCUAACCUUGAUUGAGCCACCAACCCCUGGUAACUACUUUGAGAAAGGUAACACUACAUAGAUCCUCUGGAAAAGCUUAGCAUAGCUCAGCAGCACCAGAUGGGGAAAGAGAUUUCUGAUUUCUCAUGAAGACAUUUUGUGAACACGAGUGUAAGUUAUCUCAUUUUGCUUACUUUAUGUUUGUAAAUACUGAAUUUUGCAAUGGUAAAUACUGUUUGUGAGAAGAACUUGAAGAAGUACAUAAACAGUGGAGCCUCUCUACCGAGGACACCCUUGUGACUGACUGAUGCUGUCCUUAAUGAAAGGUGUUCAGAUCUUUUAGGUCAGAUUGAAUUGAAACGAUCACUUGCGGCCAAAAUCGCUGUAUACUGUAACGGGUGUUUAUUUGGGGAGGUUCCACUGUUAUUUGUAGAUGUAGGUAUGGAAAGUGAUCUCUGAUGUACUCAGUAAUCAUAUGCUGGCAACUUGGUGUGCUAGAAGUCGAUGUGGCGGGUAGAAUCUUUUAAAUGUUGUGCUUCAAGCUUGGUAUUGUUUUCAAUAGCCCUGGAUGUUGGUAUAUUGAGUCAAGCUGGCCACCUAUCAAUCAUGAUUCAUGACUAAACCGAUCAGGACAAGUAACAAUGAGAAAGCGGAAUAUUUUAUUCUGCUGUUGUCAAACAAUAUGUUGUAACAAAUUUGUAAUUGUAAAUAAAGAAUAACUCAU